AAUUUGCGUUUAGGGCAUUUGUUAAUUUGUUCUAAAUGUGUUGAAUAUAGAUUACUAUAUUUUAUAUUAUUCACUGGUUUAUUGAACAAUAGCGCAAGCAUGUCUUUGUCUUCAGAAGAGUUACUGGCUAUGUUAGACGAGAAGAUCAAAUUUGGUAUAGGCCUUGGUGAAAAAUUACAAGAUAUACGAGAUGUCGAUGGUAUGAUGAAAUUGCAAAGGAAAAUUCGUCAAGAAAUUCAGUUUCUGAAAAGGCUUCAAAAAUCGAAAAAGGUGAAAAUUGAACAACUCUCAUGUUCAAAUCUCCGACACUUAGGAGCCAUGGUAGAUUGUGCGCUGAGGCCAGGAGUAAUAUCUGUAUGUAAAAUAUUCCACAUCAAUGAUGAGAGUAAAUUGGUCAUUGAUAUUAUCAGCGACAAUGGAAAAACUUGGACUAAAGUGAUAGCACGGAAUCCGAAGUCACUGUCAGCACUAAGUUCAGGCAAUGCUUCAUAUGGUGCUAGAUCCAUACUUGAUCAAGCAGAGGACUAUCUAGAAUGUGCAAAAUUAUACCCAUGCAUGUAUCAACCACCAAAGGUAGUCUUUGAAUUUGUAAGUGGUAUAGAGGAGAGCCUUGCAAACAAAUUACAAACAAUAGGAGUAAUAGUAAAGGGAGACACCCUGCCAGAUUCACAUCCUGUUGAAGACAGUGAAGAUUCCUGGAAUUCAGACAACAGUGAUAACAAUUCCGUCCAUGAAAGCUUAAACCCCCAAACAACUCUCCUACAAGUGUCUCAAUGCAUAGAAGAUCAUCCUGAAAUCACAACUCUAAACCUAGAUGUUACAGCAAUGAUGGCGUAUAUAAGCAACAUGACGAAUGGACACUGCGGAUAUAUAUUCAAGCAGGGAGUUUUGACCCAGCAAGGAGCUUGGGAGGCUGAACGACCUGUGAGACCUGUUUUGGAGAAGCUUUUUGAUGGGAAAACUUUGAUUUGCUGUAAGACGGCAUGGGAUAACUUUGAGAAAAUAGUUAAUACUUUAGGAGGUCCUAUGGAAACAAAGCGCGCAGAAGAAUUGAAGCAGAGAAUAAGAAUAUAUCCAGAUAAUUUUGGAGGUCUAGAUGACUAUCCAAGACAAAAUUUAAAAGUCAGAGGCCAUGUGCGGUUAAGAUCGAAAAUAAUUUUCAAUUUUGGACAUAGAAUGAAGGCGCUCACUGUGUCUGCUAAUGAGGGUUUUGUUAGAGCGGCAAAGCAACAGGGUGUAACCUAUGCGGCAUUUGUACAUGAAUCUCGAGCUCUCACAGAGGGAAAGGAGCCCACUGCUACUAAAAUUACUUUAUGAUAUUACAUUUUAUUUUCUUAUACAUUGUAUAAAUUUAAUUUGUCUAGGAAAAAUAUACACUAUAAUAUAGUAACAUCACAACUAUAAUGAAAUUAUAAAACGAAACAAGCAACAAUUUGCAAUAUCUUUUAGUAAUUGCUUGGUAAUUUUGAUCUCUUAUCAGCUUUUAUAUUACCUACCCCAUUUUUUUUAUUUGUAUAAAU